CAAGCGUUAGGUUAUAGAAAGUGAACAUAUAGAACAAGCGGGUCUGCAUUUUCGCACAUAAAUAAAUAUUUAUAAUAUUAUAACAAAAAAAAAAUAUGUGAUAAUAGUCGAUAAUAGAUAGAAUAUACUUCGAUAAGUACAAAAUAAUAAUGUGUGAUAAAAUAAACACAAAGUGAAUUUAAAUUUUACUUUAGUCAGUAAAAUUUUAGAAACUUAAGCGUUGUGAUUGAAUUUGAAUUUUUUUGUUCUUUUUUUUUCGUUUAAAAUUCGGAACAAUUUUCUUCAUUAUAUUUUAUUCAAAUUUUAAAAAUUUUAAAUAAUAUCAGUAUUGUAAAGAAAAGAAACGCACCUAACCUACAUACAAUAUCGAUUUAAUCAUAAAAAAUGAAUAACGAAAUAUUGCAUAUAAAUUAUAGUUGCAAAAAAAGUAAAAAUUCUAAGCCUACAAUUAUAGAAAAAUCUAUAAAAAUAGUAUAUAGUAUUUUUUUGUUAUUCGUUCGACAAUGUGUAUCUAUAAUAUAUGGAAAAGGUGAACGAGCACCUCCAAUAAGAAAUAAAAUAUUAUUAGAGCCCGUUACAUCAUUAGCUGAAAAAAUUCGAAAUGGAGAAUUAAAGAGCGUUGAUUUAGUAAAAUAUUAUAUUUCACGUAUACGAGAUAUAAAUCCAAUUUUAAAUUGUAUGGUUGAAAAUCGUUUUGAAGAUGCUAUUAGUGAUGCUUACCUUGUUGACACAUUAAUCGAAUCAAAAAAAUUUACAAAAGAUGAAUUAGCUGAACAAAAACCAUUAUUAGGUAUUCCAUUUACAACAAAAGAUUCAAUUCAAAUUAAAAAUAUGUUAAAUACUGCUGGACUUUGGUUAAGAAAAGAUUAUAGAGCAGAUGAAAAUGCAAAAACUAUAACAUUAUUAUUAGAAGCUGGUGCAAUUCCAUUAGCAAUUACUAAUGUACCUGAAUUGUGUAUGUGGUGGGAAUGUUCUAAUUUAAUAUAUGGAAGAACAAAUAAUCCAUACGAUACAAAUCGUACUGUUGGUGGAUCAAGUGGUGGUGAAGGUUGUAUACAAGCUUCUUGUGGAUCAGCUUUUGGUUUAGGUUCUGAUAUGGGUGGAUCAAUUCGUAUACCAGCAUUUUGUAAUGGAAUUUUUGGACAUAAACCAACAAAAUUUAUUGUAUCAAAUCAUGGACAAUUUCCUUCAUUUUAUGAUGACGAAAAAGAAGGAUUUUUAAGUAUGGGUCCAAUGUGUCGGCACGCCACUGAUUUAAAAUUAAUUUUAAAAAUUAUUGCAAAUGACAAAAGAAAAUAUUUAAAUUUAGAUGAGAAAGUCGAUAUAAAAAAUAUAAAAUUUUUUUAUCAAAUUGAUGAUGGUGGAGCACCAUUAGUUCAAUCUGUUGAUAAAGAAAUACAAGAUGCACUAAAAAAAAUCAUUCAACAUAUCAGUAAUGAAACAAAUGAAAAUCCAAAACAAGUUCAAUUUGAAAAACUUCGUCAAUCAUUUGAAAUAUUUGAUGCUAAUGUACAAAAUGUACAUGGUAUUGGAGCUCAAAAAUUAUUAACAAAUUUAAAUGGUAAUGUUAAUCCAUAUACAGAAUUAGGUAAAAUGAUAAUUGGACGCUCAAAACAUACAUUUAUGGGUGUUAUUAAUGCGCUCUUUGAAGAAAUUGGAAUUAGUCAUGGUUCCAAUAUCUAUUAUAAAUUUGUUGAGAAACGUGAUGUUCUUUUAAAAGAAAUUCAAGAUUUACUUGGUGAUAAUGGUGUACUUUUAUAUCCAACACAUCCAACAGUUGCUCCAUAUCAUUUCGAACCGAUAGCAAGAGUUUUGAAUUUUUCAUAUACUGCUGUAUUUAAUACAAUGGGCUUUCCAUGUACAACAAUUCCAAUGGGAAUUGGUAGUGAAGGAUUACCAUUAGGAAUUCAAGUGAUUGCAAAUCAUAAUCAAGAUCGUUUAUGUUUAGCUGUUGCUGAAGAAUUAGAAAAAGCUUUCGGUGGUUGGGUACCACCAUCUUUAGAAUUAGAAUUGUAGAAAUUUUAAAUAUUUAAACUUUUAAAAUAAAAUUGUUAAACAUUCUUUUAAAAAAAAAACAAAAACAAGAAAAUAAAUUUUAAAAAAUCGUUCGCUAAAAUGCCACAAAAAUUAUGUGAUUAUAAAAAAUGCUAAAUUUUAAAAAAAAAAAUAAAAAAUUAUUAAUAAAAUGCCAGAUAAUAAUUUAAAAACACUUAAUCAUUAUACAUUUUUAUUUAACUUCUAAAUUAGUUUCGAUAACAGCAAUAAAAUUUAUAAUAUAUACGUAAUAUAUUUAUAAUAAUGUAUAUAAUAUAUGCAUAUUUGUAUAUAUAUAUAUAUUUCAUAUGUAUAAAUUAUACAUAUACCAUAAAAAUAUUAAAAUAAUUGUAUAUGGCAACAGAAUUUUUCUUUUUUAAUAAAUUUUUAAUCUAAGAUGUUACAUAAUGAUAAUGAAUAGUCUAAAAUUUUAAAAUAAAAAAAAUCUAUUACAAGAGUUAAUCAGGAAUUUAAUUUGCUUAUUCACAUAUCUAUAUAUACAUACAUACAUAUAUAAAUUCAAUAUACAAAUUUUUUCUUAAAAAUUAUAUUAAUUGGGUAAAAAAUAUUAAAAUUAAUUUGCAAUAUUUUAUCUAUUAAUUAAUUGUACAUAUUAAAAUAAAAUCGAUUCUAUUCCAAAUUAUCACAAGUCAUUCCAAACCUAAGCAAUAUAUUCUAUAAUAUAAGAAGUGUAGUCCUUUAUGAUAAUUUUACGUUAUCGAACUACCAUAAAAUUUUUUAAUACAAUAUUGAUAAGAAGGAUUAUUACUAAUGGAAUUUUGGAUAUGCUACUCGUAUCUCGUUUAUAAUAAAAGCAUUUAAAAUUCUUAUCUAACUAAUUGGUUUGAAAAAACAAGGGUGAACAAUAUUCAAAUUUAAAUGGGAACCAAAAAAAAUAUUUUAAGUUAGAGUUUCUGUAUUCAAUAACUUCACUUGAUUUCCAUAAUGAUCCUUUCCUUUUAACUACUAUGAUUAAUUUUAGGUACAUUAAAACAGACCAAUAAUUUUUUAAAAUCAAAUUAUUUUUUAAUCACAAAAAUUUUAUUAAUCUAUUUACAUACAUACAUAUAUGCAAUUUUCAGCGAAUAGAAGAGCUUAUAAAAAUUUCAUAUAUGACUUGUAAUAAACUAAAUAUUUUUCCUUUUAUCAACAAUUGUUGAUUCAAUUUAAUAAAAAUUAAUAAGAGUUUAAUAAAGAGACUUGUCUUGAUCUUUUAUAAAACUAAUAUUCAUGCAAGACAAAUGAUCCAGAAGACUUGAGGGCAAUUUGUAAAAUUAUUCAAAAAUUCAAUUUUGUAAAGACGACAAAAUUUUGUAAUUAUGCCAAUUUUUUAAUCAAAUAUUAAUUUAUUAUGAGAAGUUUUAAUUUCAUAAAUUCCUACAGGAUUAUUUAGACCACGUAAAUAAAACUAAAAUGAUCUAACAGGAUAUAGUAUCAAUAACUUCCGUUAAUCUUAUAUUUUAGUUAAAAAUAGCACUAUAUUAUAAUAACACCAAAGUUAUAAUAACCAUCAGUCAAUUUCGAAUACAUUUAGAAUGUGAUAAAUUUAAAAAGGAAAGAUGUCAAAGGUAAGUAUUUUUAAUGAACAAACGUAGCAUAGUGAGUGUUCAAUUCAUAACUGAACUGAAUAUAAUGAAAAUUUUGUAUCAAGAUUUUCGUAUCAGAUUUUUAAAGGUAAGAUAUUGAUCAUUCGAAUACAUUAUGUCUUACAUUCCAGCAACUAGAAUGAAUUUAAUAUUUUUCAAUGUAUUUAAAAGACAACUAAUAAUUGAUGAACUUUUUUGAAAUUUCAUAUUAUUUCAAGUUUAUUCGGUAAAGUAUCGGACUAACUAAUAAAUUUUAUUAAAAUUGAAUAUCAAAAAAAAGACACUCUGACGGUGGGCAAUGUUGCACUUUAAAUUGCAUCUUAGCAGACAAUACCAUAAUGGUUUCUUUUUUAAAUUGAAAAUAACAUUACAUAAAGCAAAUCUAUAGAAAACUUUUUAUAUCGCUAAAGUAAUGCAAUUACAGAUUUAUUCAUAUUUUUGAUGCAAUUCUUAAAAGCAGGAUAUUGUUUUGGCUUUAUCAAAAAUGGCCCAAGUCAGAAGCUUAUUGUACUACAUUAACAAUAAAUAUAAUAUUUUAAUUAAUUUGUUGAAAAAUUAAUUAAUCUACUAAAGUAAUUUUGGAAUAUUAUUAGCUCAAAAAAUUUUAAGAUUUAGAAAAACUUGUGAUAAAUUGUUCUUCGAAUUUUAAUAAAAUCAUCUUAAAUUUAUUAAAUCUAAAAUUGACGGAACAAAAUACAAUUUAAUUGAUUUCUAUUCCUUCAUUUUAUAGGUUGUUUUUUUUUUAAACAAAUUUCAACAUUAAUAAGACAUUAUAGGAUUGAUUUCGUUGCACAAAAUUAUUGUUUAAAAAACAAAUUUUCAAUAUUAAUUAUUUAAUUAUUAUUAAAUUAAUUUACAUCUAAAAACACAGCAAAAAUUAUGUUAUUAAAAUUAUUAUUUAAAAAAUAAAGUACAUUAGAUACUUAAAUAUAUAU